CCAAACUUUUUACGGCGGGUAAAGUUAUUCUUUUCAAAAAUCGUCUAUUUAAUUUAUUUAAUUAAGAACAAAAAUUGGCAUAUUAAAAAAUGGGUACAGUUGUCAAUAAUAAUUCUACGGAAAUAAUAUUAUCAUCGGUAGAUUCACCACCAGCAGUGGAAAUGCAUGCGACAGUUUUAAGUACAGUUAAGUCAGACAAUGGGAAUACAUCAGGUGUUGAUCAAAACAUGGAAACAGACCAGAGUACAAUUAUUCAUACAGCAAUUAUGGUUGAGAGUGUUGAAACAGAUGAAAAUUUAUCUAAUAAAAUAGAAAAUAAACAAAGUAAUUUUAAAACAAGAUUUAGUUCAUUGAUUGAUAGUGAUUCGGACUCAGAUGAUAACGGUACAUGUAAUAUUACUUAUUCAAAACCGAGUCGGGUGAAUCUAUUUGAUUCGGAAAGUGAAAAUGAAGAAAAUAAUAAUGAAGAUGAAAAUUUUAGUUCUGUCAAAGAAACCGAAGACGUUAAAAGUAAAAGCAAAUCUACGAUUAAGAUGACUGGUAAAGAAGCACAAAUACAACGUUUGGAAAUUGCUUCAGCAAGUCAACGUCGAUUACGUGAAUCUCGCUUAUCGUUACCAUAUCAUAAACCUAAACAGCGUACUUUAAAAGAAUUUUUAAAAAUUCGACCUAAAAUUUCUGACCCUGUACCAGAGGAUUUAAAAAAUAUGAGUUCAGUAAAUGCUAUAAAAUUAGCGUCAAUUCGCACAACAGAAAUUUCUAAAAAACUGGAAGAAAGAGAGAAAAUCCUUGAAAAGUUCUAUAAAUCAUCUAGUGAAUCGGAAACUGAAGAAAAUGAGAAAGAUGAUGAACUUAUUGAAAAAUCUGUGAUAAAUACAUCAACUUCAAAAGAUAAAAAUGAUGAGAAAAAAAUCGAUGAAACUAAUGAAAAUGAUACACCUCAAAUUGAGGAAAUAAAUGAAAAUUCAGAAAUGAAUAAUAAAUCGUCUGAAAACAUUGUUGAAGAAGAACCAUGUAGCAUUCAAGGGAUAUUAGAUGAAUUACAAAUUGAUUAUUCAAAAUUCAAACAUGAAUUAAUUAAAUCAUUUCUACAACCAACAAAAUUAAUAGAACGCAUGGAAGCUGACAUUAAAUCAUUUGAAGAUCAAGAUUUUGAAGAAACCGAAUUAAUAUCAGAAUUCGAAUUGAAUAAAAUCAUUGAUACCCUAAAUACCGAGGAUGCUUCGAAAACCAACAGCAAUGAUCAAAUUAUGGAAAUUGAUGAUGAUGAAGAAGUCGCUGUUUCAACGAAAUGUGAUGUUAAUAUUGAAAAUAUGAAUAAUAAUCAAGGAAAAUGGACAGAAAAUAAAUGUUUCAAUGAAUUAUCGGAUAGUGAAAAAGAUGAAACCAAUGAUGCGGUUAUGGAACAUAAUAAUACAGAAUUAAAAGAAAAUAUACAUUUAACAAAUAUUAAAACACUUACACCACGUUUGACUGGCGAUAAAAAUCAAAUAAUUGAUUUGUCCGAAGAUAUUUUUGAGAAGAAUAAAGGUGUUAAGAAUUUGGUGGAACGUUUUGUACAACAUAAUGCAAAGAAGUCGCAUUCGCCAAAAGUGCUCCAAGUUAGAGUGGUAACAGAAGAUACUGGUGGAUUUAAAGAAGAGAAAUUAACUAUGCAGACACAUCACGAAGAUGAAGAUGUAGUUUCUCCAAUAAAUGAAAAACCCGGUGCAAAAUUAAUGCGAUUGCGUGAAGAUUUACAAAAGAAAAUAGCAAAACGUCGUGCUGAAGAAUGGGCACGUAAACAAAAAGAAACGAAAGAAUUGUUGGGUGUCGUCGAAAAUGAUGAUGAAGAGGAAGAAGAGGAUGAUUUUGAAUCAAUUUAUAAAAAUGAAAAAGAUGAUUGUUGUUCAGAUAAAAAAACAAAAGGAGAUGUUGAUAAUGGUGUAGAUGGUGAUGAUGAAGCUGAAGAUGAGGAUGUUGAAGACGAAGACGAAGAGGAGGAAGAUGUUGAUUAUUAUAAAGAAAAGAAAACUAAAAAGAAUUCUGAAUUUGUUGAUGAAGAGGCAGAAGAAAGUGGUAACGAAGAAGAUGGCGAUGAAAGUGAAGAAGAAGACGGUGAAAGUGUAGAUAAUGACGAAGAUGAAAAUGAACAGAAUCAGGAAACUGAGAAGAACAAAGUACGGCCUAGACGGAGAAUUAAGGAAUUAACAGAGGACAGUACGGAUACUGAGAAUGAAACUGCUGAGAAUGAUUCACAAAAAUUGCCCAAAUCUACAACAUAUCAAACACAAACUGAAGAAAGUCCAAUCAAUAAGUCACAAAAUGAUAUGUUCAGUACUCAAUCAAAAACUGAUUGUGAUGGUGAUGAGUUUCCAUUAUGUCAACCGCCAAUUUUGAAAACACCUUUAUCGAAACGUAAUAAUUGUGAAGCAGAAAAUAAUUUUCUAUCACCUGUUCUACAAUUUACAGCGUUACAAAGUUUAUCAUUGGAUACCAAGACAAUUCAUCAACAAUCACCAAAUUGCACGUUUACAAUACCCAAUGAACCGUCACCUUUAAGGAAUGAAAAAUAUUCUCCAAAACAAUUGUUCUGUGAUUCAAAAAUACCAAAUACUCAAGAAAAUUUAAAUGAACUUAUGGAAUUAUGUUCCGGGAAAUUCAGUGAUAGUUCUCAAGCUUUGACCGCACCAUCACAACCGCAAUUAGAUUUUACUUUAACUCCAGAUGCGGAGUGGACUACACAACGUAUAAUAACAGCCAGUCAAAGUACGGAUACUCAAAAAAAAACGACAGAUGCAUCACAAGAGUUAAAUGGAAAUAAUUUGAAGACUGAAAAUAAUUCCUUCAUGAAAUUAUUUACAUCGGAUGAUGAAUCAGAAAUUGAGUUAAAAAAAAUAAUGAGUUCUAAUAGUACGAACACCCCCAAACCAACAAAGAAUGAACUAUUUUUAGCCGCUUCGUCCUCGGAGGAUGAAAAUAAAGUUCUGAAAACAACUAAAAAACAACGAAAAUUAGUCAAGAAAAAACCUGUAAAAUUGUUUUGUUCUGACGAUGAAGACGACGCCUCAGAAAAUUCAAUUGACAAAGAAAUCAACUCUAACGAUGAUGGCUCGGAUGAUCAAGAAGAGGAUGUUGAAGAGACUCAUGAAAUUGGUUAUGAUUCGGAAGAGAAUGAAAUUCUUGUUGAAAAGCCAAAAGCAACUCGUGUUAAAGAUUUCUUUGAUGCGGAAGCAGAAUUAUCAGAAGAUGAACAUAUGGGAAGUGAUGAUGAAAGUGAGGAUGGCUUAGAUGAAAUGGAACUAGAAGAAGGUGAUCGUGAUAAAUUAAAUGAAAGUGAAGUAAAACGUCAAUUAGAAAAGAUUCACAUGAAACAAAUACUUGAUGAAGAUAAACGAGAUGUACGAAUUUUGCAAGAAUUAUUAUUAGAGGAUGGUGAUUUACAUUCAGAUAAGGGCCGACAACGACAAUUUAGGUGGAAAAAUUCAAUGGAUGCGGGUCUCGGAAACGAUGAGAAUGUUCAACCUUUUGAUAAUGAAUCUGAAUUAAUAAGUAUCGAUGAAGAGCAAGAUGGAGACAGCGAAUGGAGGAAGGCAAGAUUUGAACGUGAAAAAAUAUUAAAAGAGCAAAGAUUAAAAGAAAAAUUGGAUACCAGUGACAUUGAUUUAGUGAUUGAAGGUGGCGAUUCAAUUUUAAAAUUAGGUCAAACUAAAUUACGCACAAGUGGGGUUUCGUCUAUGUCGUGUAAACGGACAUCUAUGGAAAAAUGUAGUUCGGUGAUAAAUGUUUCACAGGAUAUUAAAAAACCAUUAGGGUUAACGAAUAAAAAAGGAUCAUUUCUAACGCGAGGACAAAGUACAUUAGCACGAUUAGCAGCAGUAGCCACAACAAAAUCGACUGACAUUAUUGGCGGUGUAAAAAAUUCACGAAAUUUUGUAUUUCAAACAUUAGAUCCUCCUCCUACAGUAAACGGUAAUAAUAAUAUUAAUAAUAAAAACAGUGAUGAUAAAAAGGUUACAAAAAAUAAUAUAAACGGUAAACGAAAAGCAACAGACUUGGAUACAACACCAUUAAUGUUUAAAAAAUUACGUGUGGCUGAUAGUUUAGAUAAAAAAGUGAGCUCUAGGGUUAAAAAAUUAUUAAAUAAUUUGUAAUUUUCUUGUUAUAAUUUAAAAAAAAUUAAAAUCAGAUAAAAAUGCAUUUAUAACGGAAAAAUUAUUGGGUCUUGUAUAAUGAGAGAAACGAAGAAAACAUGUGAAACCAUAAGUAGCGCUUGAAAACUGUAAAGGCUGAUGAAUGUUUUUGUUUGACCAAUUUUAAUUAUUACAUAUUUUUUUAAUGAUCUAAAAAUAUAAAUUAAAAAAAUUUUUGUAAUUAAGCAAAAUUUACCUAUUUAAUUAAAAGUUGUACUAAUUAUCUUGAUCCUGAAGAUUUAUUGCCAGCAGUACCUUUUGCAAUCGGUCUACUUGAAAGUGCUUAAUUACUGCAUAAUUAAAAUUUAUUUAUUAUUGUUGAAUUUUUUUUUAUUGUUAAGAUUGUACAGUAUUGGUAUAAUAGUCCAUAAUAGAAAAAGACAUCCAUAUAACCCCUUAAAACUAUAAAGUGAAAACGACUGAAAAACAUGUUACGCCCGCCAGACUGAUAAAAAUUUGUUUAUCUUAAUACUAAUAAAAAAUUUG